AUGAAUGCAGCCAACACUCUGUCACUUGAUGACACACAUGCCAGAAUUGUUAAUGUAGGAGGCAACUGCGAUUUUUAUAAAGGGAGUUGGGUUUACGAUGAAUCGUAUCCUCUUUAUGAUUCACUUCAAUGCCCAUUCAUCCCUGGAGAUUUCCAUUGUCUUAGUAAUGGUCGACCUGACAAACAAUAUCUCAAAUACAGAUGGAGCCCAACUGGAGGAUGUGAUCCACCUAGGUUUGAUGGCCUGGAUUUGGUCAACAGAUUUAAGGGUAAAAAAAUCAUGUUUGUCGGUGACUCAAUCAGUAAUAACCAGUGGGUGUCUUUUGCUUGCAUGAUUCAUGCAGCUAUUCCUAAUGCAAAUUUUACUACUUACCAUGGCGUCCCCAUGGCAUCCAUUAAUUUUACGGAUCCUGAGUAUAACAUUUCUAUACAUUUUAAUUUCAAACCAUUCCUAGUUGAGUUAGAGGAGAUACCUAAACGAAUUAUAAACAUCGACAAUCACAAACCAUUCCUAGUUGAAUUAGAGGAACGAAUUCUAAAGAUCGACACCAUUAGCAAGGGUGAUCCGUGGAAAGAAGUAGAUGUUGUGAUCUUCAACACUUGGCACUGGUGGUUCCACAAAGGAAAAAUACAACAUUGGGAUAAAAUUCAGGAAGGAAACAAGACAUACAAAGAUAUAGAUGAUCGUCUCACUGCUUUUGCAAAAGGUUUAACAACUUGGUCAACUUGGGUUGACAAAAAUAUUGACCCCAAAAAAACUCAAGUUUUCUAUCAAGGAAUUUCUCCUACGCAUCCGAAGGGCAAGGAUUGGGGUUUCCCACACACGACUUGUGCAGAUCACACAACACCAAUUAAUGGUACGACAUAUCCUGGAAUUCCAGAACCAGGAGUUGUUGUACUUAAGGAAGUGUUAAGUAAAAUGUCGAAUCCUGUCAUUUUAUUGGACGUGACAACCAUGUCACAACUAAGAAAAGAUGCUCAUCCAUCAUAUUAUACCAAUCAAGGUCGGACGCUUCGUGAUUGUGGCCAUUGGUGUGUGGCUGGUGUACCAGAUACAUGGAAUCAUCUUCUUUAUGCAUCUAUUGUUGGCUGGCCAGAAACAAGAACGCAUAGAAUUGAUAUGAAUUUUCCCGUAUUGAUAACCUAA